AUGGCCUUGACUAUGCUCGGUAUCUCAGCUCUCAACCACGAGCACCAGUCGUCUAUGGCUUCACAGGGUAUCCCCCUUUAUCACUUUGCGAUAUUUUUAUUUGAUUAUGAGUAUCAUUGCGUCUGUGGGCUACAAGUUUGCUAUUUCGGAUUUAUCAAGAGCGAGCUUUCGGCAGUGAAGAACGGCUCCCCGAGCCAUGGAUCAAUGACUUUCCGCUUUAUGAUAUCAUCCGGGCCUUUACUCGCUUCAGUCAGGUCAGGAGCCUCCCUAUGCUCCAAAUAUGUCCCUGCCACCCAAUAG